GUUGGUUUUUAUUCUCGUUUUUGUGGAGGAGAAGAGGACUCUCUCUCUCUCUCUCUCUCUCUCUCUCUCUAAAAACACUCUCCCUAUCCAGGUUGCGUCUUGUUGGGCUUUCUGAUUAGUUUUGAGUGAUCGGUUUCUUGGCGCUGGGGACGGGGAUAAGCUAGAGUGACAGGUCGUGGUGGUGAUUGGUUGCUUUUGGGGGGGCGGGGGGAAGGGGGAUGGGAUUUCCGGUGGGGAGUGAUAGAGUGACGGCGCUGUGGUGAUGGAGCCAUGGAAUUCGACGCCGGAAUUCCGAUGUCCCGAGCGGCGGCACCGGCGGUGGCCGUGACCGUGACCGAGGGAGCCUCGCUUUCGCCGUCCUCCUUGAACGAAGAUGCAAUGUGGCAAAUGAACUUGAUAUCAAGUGAAAUGAUGGACUCUGGGCUGUAUCCUGAGCGUCCUGGAGAACCAGAUUGUUCUUAUUACAUUAGAACAGGCCUCUGCAGAUUUGGGGCAACGUGUAGAUUUAAUCAUCCUCCUAACAGGAAGCUGGCUAUUGCUACUGCAAGGAUGAAGGGGGACUUUCCAGAACGAGUGGGACAACCAGAAUGUCAGUACUACCUGAAGACAGGAACUUGCAAGUUUGGGGCGACAUGUAAGUUUCAUCAUCCUAGAGACAAAGCUGGAGUUGCUGGAAGAGUUACCUUAAAUAUUUUAGGCUAUCCUCUUCGCCCGAACGAGACUCAGUGUUCCUACUAUUUAAGAACUGGACAAUGCAAGUUUGGAAGCACUUGUAAAUUCCACCACCCUCAACCAACAAAUAUGAUGGUUUCCUUGAGUGGUUCUCCUGUAUAUCCUACCAUGCAGUCUCCAACGACUCCUGGUCAGCAGUCCUACCCAGGAGGAAUUAGCAACUGGUCAAGAGCAUCUUUUAUUCCCAGUCCGCGCUGGCAAGGUCCUUCAAGUUAUGCACCUUUGCUUCUUCCUCAGGGAGUGGUGUCAGUUCCUGGGUGGAAUGCAUACAGUGGUGAGCUUGGAUCAGUUUCCUCUCCAGAGUCGCAGCAGCAAACGGUGGGAAAUAGUCAGAUUUAUGGAACCUCACGCCAGGGUGAAUCAGCUAAUGCUGGACCUCAGGGGACAUUUUCUCCACUUCGUUCAAGUUCUGUCCCUGCAGGGUUCUAUGCAUUGCAGGGAGAGAAUGUAUUUCCUGAGAGGCCUGGCCAGCCUGAAUGCCAGUUUUACAUGAAAACUGGUGAUUGUAAGUUUGGUGCAGUUUGUCGGUUCCAUCAUCCUCGGGACCGGCUAAUUCCUACUCCAGACUGUGUCUUGAGUCCCAUAGGCCUUCCUUUACGUCAGGGAGAGCCUCUAUGCAUCUUCUAUUCUCGUUACGGUAUCUGCAAAUUUGGUCCAAGUUGCAAGUUUGACCACCCAAUGGGGAUUUUCACGUACAAUCCCUCUGCAUCAUCUUCGGGUGACCCAGUCCGGCGUUUGCUGGGGUCAUCAUCUGGAACUGCUGCAUUAAAUUUGUCAUCAGAAGGACUUGUUCAAGCAGGCUCGGCAAAGCCCAGACGACUUUCAUUGUCGGAAACUAGACAGAUGCCUUCUGGUGAUGAUAAUAUUGACACAGAAGGCUGACACCAUGAGUCAUUUCCUUUUUACAACCUUUUGGAGUCUUAUGGAAGAGUUAUCUGUAAAUUCAUUUCCCAUUGCUGGAGAUGUACAGAGUUCAUGUCAAGCAAUUCUGUUCUUCUGAAAAUGUGUUUCAGUUGACAGACUUGACCCUCCUGAAUUUCUUGUCGCUGCAUUGUA